CGAUUUUUGAGUAUCGCGUGUGCGUAGUUCGCGAAUUUCCACUUUAUCGUAAUUUUGUUUUUUCGUUUUGCUUAUUGUAUGUACAUGUUAAAUAAAAUGAUGUUGAAGAUCGCUUUCUGACGAGGUAGACUGUGUUCGGAUAUCCCAAUAAAUAUCCCAAUAAAAGCGCUCAAAAUGGUUUUAAUAAUAUUUUGCUUACAUAGGAAUAACUGAAACUCAAAUUUACGAUGAAUAUCACUUCUACAAAUAACACUUGUCCACCUGAAAAAAUACUAAAUCCUGGUUGGUGUCCUAGUCACUGGGAUCUAUUAUUAUGUUGGAAAGCUUCAAAACCUGGUACUGUAGUUUACCAAGCAUGUUUUGAUGAAUUGAACGGAAUGCGUUAUGAUACAUCACAAAAUGCUAGUCGUCGUUGUAAAUUGAAUGGUAUCUGGGAAAAUUCUUCUGAUUAUAUGAACUGCCGACCUUUGGAUACAAAUAACUCAUUAUAUCCAGAUCCAUCAGUUGUAUACACAUCAUAUUUUUACUAUGGUGGUUAUACUAUAUCAUUAGUGGCAUUGGUAGCAGCUGUUUCCAUAUUUGUUUACUUCAAAGAUUUACGGUGCUUGAGAAACACAAUACACACAAAUUUGAUGUGCACUUAUAUACUAUCAGAUUUUACAUGGAUAUUGACGUCAACACUACAGGAAUGGCUUUCAGCUAGUAAUAACGCUUGUGUGUUAUUUACAUUUUCGUUACAUUAUUUUGUUUUAACAAAUUUCUUUUGGAUGUUUGUCGAAGGCUUGUACCUGUAUAUUUUGGUUGUAGAGACUUUCACCAGGGAAAAUAUCAAACUCCGUGUUUACAUGUUUAUUGGCUGGGGUUUUCCACUUGUAAUUGUAAUUAUUUGGGGUGUUUCUAAGAUCAUCACACAAAUUGACAUAGAGGAAAGAAGCGAUUCUUGUUCUUGGAUGACUCCACAUCCCGUGCAUGAUUGGAUCUAUCAAGGGCCGGCGAUAAUAGUGCUAAUAGUAAAUUUGGUUUUUCUAUCAAAAAUAAUGUGGGUACUAAUAACAAAGCUAAGGUCAGCAAAUUCGGCUGAAACCCAACAAUACCGCAAAGCUAGUAAAGCUUUGUUAGUUCUUAUACCAUUGUUAGGUGUUACCUACAUACUAACCAUGGUCGGGCCUACGGAAUCCGGUACUUACGCUAACUAUUAUUCUUAUGGUAGAGCUACGCUUUUGUCUAUGCAGGGCUUUAUGGUGGCAAUAUUUUACUGCUUUGUCAAUUCUGAAGUAAAGAACACGUUCAAACAUCAUUUCAUUCGAUGGAAUGAUGCGAGAAAUCUGAGAACCGGUGGUAGUCGAAGAUUUACUUAUUCAAAAGAUUGGUCACCUAACACAAGGUCCGAUAGUGUCAGGUUGGCCCGGCCAUCGAUCAUCGCGGAUUCGGUCAUGAACAAAGGCAAGAGGGCCUCGACCGUCAGCAGUUCGACAACGAUGACGUUCAUCGUGUCUAACGGGUCGGGCGGCGUGUUGCUAUCGAACGCCUGUCAAAAUCGCAUGUUGAACGCCGCCUCCGAAAAUGUCGUCUAGAAAAAAUAAACCACAAAAAUAUAAUAUAUAUGUUACACUUUAAAGGUCCGACGGUAUCGUCGUUAGUAAACAACUAGUGUGUGUCUAUUCGUCCCGCAGCUGUCCUCUCGCUAUUAGUAUAAAAGUUCUUAACCGGUAAACCCAUUACUACCUCAGACCUACGCGUGUCACUUUUAUCACCACAAUCCCACAUUUCUCUUGUGUACCAUAUUUAUUACACGCAAUUACUGCGUGACGUGUUUUAAUGUAUAUACGUAUCCGUGUUUGUGUUUGUGCGUGUCCCGGGUGUGUGUGUGUGUGUGUGUGCGCGCGAACGAAUUCAUACGACUAUUUGUUUGGUAAAACACUAUUUCCAAGACCUGCAGGUAUUACAAUGAUUUUGAUUUCACACAGAUUAUAAUAAUGCAUAUCGGUAAAAACAAAAUGUAAGUCAAAGCCGUAUUAGAGUAAUAAUAUAAUAUGUACCUCGUAUAAUAAAUAAUACUAUAUUUUUUCCAGUAUGGAAAUCGUAAUGGGACUUCUUAAAAAUCCGUGACUUAAACGCAGUUCAAAAAAUAUUGCUCACAAUAUAGGUAACCUUUAAUACUCGUAAUUUCAUUGUUUUGAACUACUCGCAUACAUUACGAAAACAUAGACAACAGGUAAAACAUAUACUUUUCUGUAAGCGGUUUAUGAUUGUAUAUAAUAUAAGUCCUCUGCUCGCGCAGAACAUUUUUAGAUUUUAAAAACCACCUAAACAAUAUUGUACGAUGAUUGUUUAUACAGAAUUAUUCUAUAAUUUGUACAUAAUAUCAUAG